UCCAGACAGGGCCUCGGCAGGGGCCCCCUAACUCUCUGUGUUUCUGUUUCAGGCUGUGACAGUGAUCACUGGGGUCCCCACUGCAGCAAUCGCUGCCAGUGCCAGAAUGGGGCCUUGUGCAAUCCCAUCACGGGUGCCUGCGUGUGUGCCGACGGCUACCGGGGCUGGCGCUGCGAGGACUUCUGUGAGCCGGGGACCCACGGCAAGGGCUGUCAGCUGCCCUGUCAGUGCCACAACGGGGCCACCUGCGACCCUCGCACCGGAGAGUGCCAUUGUGCCCCAGGAUACACUGGCGUCUACUGUGAGGAGCAGUGCCCACCUGGGAGCCACGGGGCACAUUGCGAUCUCCGCUGUCCCUGCCAGAAUGGGGGUACCUGCCAUCACAUCACAGGGGAGUGUGCUUGCCCCCCUGGCUGGACAGGAGUGGUGUGUGCCCAGCCCUGCCCACCAGGGACAUUUGGCAUCAACUGCAGCCAGAGCUGUCCAUGCCAUCAUGGAGGGCAGUGUGACCAUGUGACUGGGCGGUGCCAGUGUGCAGCUGGCUACAUGGGGGACAGGUGCCAGGAGGAGUGCCCCAUCGGGACCUUUGGAUUCCAGUGCUCCCAGCGCUGUGACUGCCACAACGGGGCCCAGUGCUCGCCGGCCUCCGGGGCCUGUGUGUGCGAGCCGGGCUACAAGGGGCCUCGCUGCCAGGAGCGGCUGUGUCCCGAGGGGCUGCACGGCCCGCAGUGCGCCAAGCCUUGUCCCUGCAACGUCACCAACACGCUCAGCUGCCAUCCUGUGUCGGGAGCGUGCACGUGCCACGCAGGCUGGGCCAGCCCUCACUGUAACGAAUCCUGUCCUGCUGGCUCCUAUGGAGAGGGCUGUCGGCUGCUAUGUGCCUGUCAGAAUGGGGCAGACUGUCACAGCAUCACAGGGAGCUGCACUUGUGCCCCAGGCUUCAUGGGCGAGGUCUGCGCGCUGCCCUGCGCCUCCGGGACUUACGGCCCCAACUGCUCUUCUGUCUGCACCUGCAAGAAUGAGGGCACCUGCUCCCCCAUCGAUGGCGCCUGCACCUGCAAGGAAGGGUGGCAGGGGGUGGACUGCUCCCUCCCAUGUCCCAGGGGUACCUGGGGCCUGAACUGCAAUGAGACAUGCACCUGCGCCAAUGGGGCGGCCUGCAGCCCGACCGAUGGUACCUGCUCCUGCUCCCCUGGCUGGCUGGGAGACACCUGCGAGCAGCCCUGCCCGGAGGGAACUUACGGGCUGAACUGUAGCAAGCGCUGUGACUGUGGCCACGCGGAUGGCUGCAACCCCAUCACCGGCCACUGCUGCUGCCUGGCCGGCUGGACUGGUGUCCGCUGUGAUAGCACAUGUCCCCCAGGUCACUGGGGCCCCAACUGUUCCAUCUCCUGCAGCUGUGAGAAUGGAGGCUCCUGUUCUCCGGAAGACGGGACUUGCGAGUGUGCACCAGGCUACAGGGGUCCCCUGUGCCAAAGAAUCUGCCCCCCUGGCUUCUAUGGUCACAGCUGCAACCAGCCCUGCCCGCUCUGUGUGCACAGCAAUGGACCCUGCCACCACGUCACCGGCCACUGUGACUGCCUCCCUGGGUUCUCCGGCUCUCUCUGCAACCAAGUGUGUGCUGGAGGAAGAUUUGGGAAGGACUGUGCUCAGCACUGUUCGUGCUCCAACAAUGGAACUUGCAAUCCUAUUGAUGGCUCCUGCCAAUGCUUCCCUGGCUGGAUCGGCAAGGACUGUACCCAAGCCUGCCCACCAGGGUUCUGGGGCCCUGCCUGCUUCCACACCUGCAACUGUCACAAUGGGGCCGGGUGCAGUGCAGACGAUGGGGCCUGUCGGUGCACCCCAGGCUGGACAGGGCUCUUCUGCUCACAGCGUUGUCCCACAGCAUUUUACGGGAAGGACUGUGGACAUGUGUGCCAGUGCCAGAACGGCGCCGACUGCGACCACAUCAGUGGCAAGUGCUCCUGCCGGACUGGCUUUACAGGACGGCAGUGUGAACAGAAGUGUUCCCCAGGAACCUUUGGCUAUGGGUGUCAGCAGCUGUGUGAGUGUAUGAACAAUGCCACCUGUGACCAUGUCACUGGCACCUGCUAUUGCAGCCAGGGUUUCAAAGGCAUCAGGUGUGACCAAGCUGCCCUGAUGAUGGAAGAGCUGAACCCCUACACCAAGAUCAGCCCAGCCCUGGGUUCAGAGAAGCACUCGGUGGGGGCCGUCAUUGGGAUCGUCCUGCUGCUCCUGGUCAUCGUGGCCCUGCUGAGCCUGUUUGCUUGGCACCGGCAGAGACAGAAGGAGAAAGGCAACGACAUGCCUCGGGUCUCCUACACGCCAGCCAUGAGAAUGACCAGCACUGACUAUUCGCUGUCAGAUGUGUCUCAAAGUAGCAGCCAUGGUCAGUGCUUUUCCAACCCCAGCUACCACGCUCUGGCAUGUGGGGUGCCUUCCGAAACAGUCAGUAAUUUGGACAGGAACAGCUCCACUAAGCUCAGUAACAAAUCCCUUGACAGAGAUACGUCUGGGUGGACACCUUACAGCUAUGUGAACGUGCUAGACUCCCAUUUCCAGAUCAGUGCCCUGGAGGCCAGGUACCCGCCCGAGGACUUCUACAUUGAACUUAGACACCUUGGCUGCCCCGCUGAGCCAAACACACCAGGUGCUUGUGGGAUGGAUAGACGUCAAAACACAUAUAUCAUGGAGAAAGGUUUCAAAGCCAUUCAAACAGGAUGUCCACAAGCUCUCAUGGGCUGCAUUACAACAGAGUUCCCCAAGACUUCACACCAGAGAACAUUUAAAAUAGAUUACGCAAAAGAAUCCGUAAGCAGUUCGAGUACGUGUUCUCUCAACAGCAGUGAAAACCCCUACGCCACCAUCAAGGAUCCACCCCUCCUUCCCUGCAAGCCCCCAGAGAGCAGCUAUGUAGAGAUGAAGUCACCUGCUCACAGGGAUUCUCCAUACACAGACAUGCCCUCCUUGUCGACAUCUAAUAAAAAUAUAUAUGAAGUUGAACCCACAGUCAGUGUGGUCCAAGAAGGCCGUGGUCAUAGCGCCAGCUAUAUCCAGAAUCCAUACGACCUACCUAGGAACAGCCAUAUUCCUGGUCAUUAUGACCUCCUCCCAAUAAGACAGAGUCCUGCCCAUGGACCCUCUCAGGACAAACAAUCUUAA